CCUCUGGGAGGCAUAUGCCCCAGCAGUAGAGGUGUUCUGCUCUGGUUGUACUGUACGAUCGUCCUCAGUGUCUCUGCUCCAUCUCUCUCGAUGGCUGUUCAGCUGGUUGUAGCUCUCCUGGCUCUAGCCUCUCUAAGUGCGGCAUCUGCACCGGACUGUAAAGAACUGGUCAAACCCCUGGUACUGGAGGACCAUACCGAGCUCUAUGGCAAAUGGGUGUAUGUGAUGGGGUCUGCAGAUCAUUUAUUCUUCCAAAAUGCUUUGGGGACUCUGAAAAGCUCCUGGAUAGACCUGUCGGCUACAUCUGACCAUAAAGUAGUCACCCUAAGAUGGGGAGACCGCAUUGAUGGCAAAUGCGUCGUGGGUAAAACACAUGCUACCAUCUCCGGCACCACUUCCACAGUUCACAUUCAUUUGUCUGAACACAAAGGCCAGUACCUGGAGACCUGCCCUAACUGCCUGCUAUGGUCAGACACAUCUCGUAAUGGAGACAUCACUGGCAGAUACCUGCUCCUGUUCACAAGGACAGGGAAAAUGGAUCCCACAUACCUGGACACCUAUAAGAAACAGGCAGAGUGUCUGAACUUCCCAGAGAAACAUCAGACCUACGAUGGAAAAACAGAGCUGUGCCCUGAUGACAAGGAGAAGGUGGUGGAGGAGGAGAUUAUGGAGGAGAAGCAGGCUACGGAGGAGGCGAAGACUACAGAGGAAGAGAAGGCUACAGAGGAAGAGAAGACUACAGAGGAAGAGAAGACUACAGAGGAAGAGAAGACUACAGAGGAAGAGAAGACUACAGAGGAAGAGAAGACUACAGAGGAAGAGAAGACUACGGAGGAAGAGAAGGCUACAGAGGAAGAGAAGACUACAGAGGAAGAGAAGACGACGAAGUGAACAAGAGAACCUCACUGUGUUGCCCAACGAAACCUCCCUUUAGUGGAACUUUGAUCCCAUAACCACUAACCAAAUACCACUCGUACUUCCAUGCACUUUAAAUUAUGUCUUACAUAUACUGUAUAUGCGUCUUUAAAUAAUGUCUUACAUACACAUGACAAGUUCUAUGUGCUGUGAUAUUACCAUGUAAUGUUAAAAAAUGCUAAUGUUUUAACCAAUGAACUGUUUUCAUGUCUUUUUACUGUUUAUUUGAUAACAGUUCAAGGUAUCUUAUAUAACAAAAUAUGACUGUUCAAACAAAUACAUUUAAAUAAAGACAUUCAACCUUG